AUGGCGGUCAAAGAGNAGAUUACUCUCCUCGAGGAGCUUCAAGAGAAGACCGAAGAGGAUAAGGUGAACAAGCCUAGUGUCAUCGAAAAGCUUCACCGAUCCAACAGCUCUGCUUCUUCUUCGGACGAUGAAGAAGGUGAGGAGAAGAAAGGAGUAAUGGAGAAGAUCAAAGGGAAGCUUCCAGGCCACCACGACAAAGAAACAGAGGAUCAAGAUGUACAAAACGUCACAACCCUCAAGGUACCAAUUCCAGAGAGUGCGGUGGAGCAUCACCAAACCGAGAGUGGAGAGAAUAAAGGAGUAAUGGACAAGAUCAAGGAGAAGCUUCCAGGCCACGAAGACAAGGAGACAGAGGAUUCACCUGUCCCAACCAGCACGCCAGUAACUGUAACGGAGCACCCGGUGGGACAUUCGGAGGAGCAUCCGGUUGAGAAGAAGGGGAUUCUUGAAAAGAUUAAAGAGAAGCUUCCAGGUUAUCACGCCAAGACAGAGGAAGAGAAGAAAGAAAAAGAGUCUUCUGAUUAAGAAAGAAAAAAAUGAUGAAAGGAUGAAAUAAUGAUACGGGAGUGGGACAUUUGUUGUGUUUAUGUAUCAUUAUCUUUCUCUUUGUUUUAUUUUCUUUUUCUUUCUUUAAGUUGUUCUUGUGGCUUUCAUUUGAUCCUUUAUUUUGUAAUUUCAUUUUAUCUUUGUUUGCAUAUGGUUUCUUAUAGUUAAUGUUUUAAAGUUUAUUUGAUAAUUUCUGUGUAAAGUUUCAAUUGGCCAUUCCAUCUA